AUGAAAUCGAGGCAGCGUAAACAGUACUCCAGGAACAUGAAAAGAUCGGAUGACAGUGAGAGGGAAAAGAGGAGAAAGAGGCGGAGGCUUCUACAGGAACUGGGAGAACAGAGGAUUCCCUACCUUUCUCCCACAGACCCAGGAUUCCAGGAACUGUGGGAAUCCAGUUAUGCAGGACUGGCUUUACGCCAGUCUGGUACCCUCCCAGACGGUCUCCACGAGAAGGUGCAGUCUGCUCUGAUUACUUUUCAGCGCCGUGGCUGCCUCCUCAGAGAUCUCGUUCGUGUUCGAGACAGAGACAUCUUCACGGCCGUUUCACGGGCCCUUGUGGGUCAGCCGGGCUACACGUACCGUUAUCUGGACACCCGUCUCUUCACUAUCCCCUGGCACCGUGAGGUUGGCGAUGGCCAGAGAGAUGAGAAAGAGAAACUCUGCUGUGACUCUGACCUGAGGGAUGCUUGCAAAGCAUUAUGGGAGCUCAAUCAGUUCUUUUGCACAGAUGUGCAACAGCAGACAAAAGUGAGAGGCGUCAAACGUUCUCUCAGUGAAACCGAAAACAGUGAAGACACACCAGGGGAGGGGACGUGUGAAGAGAGUUUUAAGGACAGGUUACAUGAGAAGACUAAGGAGGAAGAGCAGAGGAAAGAAGAGGAGGCAGAGGAAGCCGACAGCGGUCAAGGCUGCUCACAUUCCUCAACUACCUCCUCAGCACCGCCCCCUGCUGUGAGCGGCCCGGUCCAGUUUAACAUUACUCUCAUCAACUAUAUGAACCCCACAGCUAUGACCCAACUGAAGGAAGAGCCAUAUUAUGGAAUGGGCAAAAUGGCAGUUGGUUGGCAUCAUGAUGAGAACUUGGUGCCUCUCUCACCCGUUGCAGUCUACAGCUAUAGCUGCCCAGCAGAACCAAAGAAUGAAGAAGUGACUGAGAAAGACGGGAAGGGAAAGAGUCAAGAAAAAGAGACAGAGAUGAAGGCUGAAGGAAUGAGUAAAGAUGAAGGAGAGAAGGACAAAGGUGAAGGUUCAAAGAAAGAGGAAGUGGAGAAAGAGAAGGCAUGUUGGCGUGUUGGACUGAAGGUAGCCUGGGACAUCCACACACCAGGCCUGGCCCUGCCUCUGCAGUCUGGAGAUUGCUACUAUAUGACAGAUGAUCUGAAUCGGACACAUCAGCACUGUGUUCUGGCUGGUGACACUGCUAGAUUCAGCUCCACACACAGAGUUGUACAGUGUUGUACAGGUACGCUGGACUACAUACAGAAACGUUGCUCGGAGGCCUUGGAAAAUUUACACACAGACCCAGCAAAUGACACCAAGAGCCUGCGUUCCCUCCUCCCCUCCACCCUGCAACACAUUGAAGACAUCCACAAUGAGGUGGAGUUUGAAUGGCUGAGACAGUACUGGUUCCAGGGCCGACGUUACGCUCCAUUCUGCAGCUGGUGGACUAAACCGAUAGAAAAGCUGGAGAAAGACUGGAAGGAAAUGGAGCGAAUGACUCAGUUGCUGCUGGCUGUGGUGGAGGAUGAGAACACAGCACAGGAGAACAGAAGAGAGAUGGCAGACAUCUUACUGAAUGCCCUGACAGACAGACAGCAACACAGACAGACGUGGAGAGACAGAUGCCGGUCCAGCCUGGCUCAGACUUUGCCCUCCGAAGAAGCACCUGUUGACCGACCCUAUUGGAGUAACGAAGAUCCUGACAUGCCCUUGCCCUUUGACCUCUCUGACAUUAUCAACCGUGUUGAGUCACUUCUCUGGAGGAUGUAAAGAUGGUGUGAGUGAAGGAAAGAGAGAGAAUGUUAUGGGGUGGAUGAUAGGAUAAGGUCAUUAUGGAGAGACCACAGGUGACAAAGUAAACAGUACAACACACACCUGGUCAGUUUCUCUUUACCUGGCCUAUUCCACCUGAUUGAAGACCAACACUCUCCUACACACAACAUUGAGGUCCACUCUGAUGGACAGAGGGAUACCUGGAUGAAGGGAAUAAUACAGGGGAACAUCUUGAUAGGACAUUUUCUUUUCCUGUUUCCAUCAUUUACUAUCACAUUAACAAAGUCUGUAGUGUUACAAUGACCGUGCAUAGACGCAUAUCAGUAGUGGCAUACAAUAACUAUCCAUAAAUAUACGUAUAUAUCCAUGUAUGUAUGUAUUAGUUCAGUUCUCCAUAUAUCCUUUUCAAGCUUUUUUGGACAGCCAUCAUAUAGAUGUAAACAUUAUACACAGUUCACUUCUCCUCUGUGUGUGCAUGUAUGUGUUUGUCUGCGUGCCAUCUUUUGAGGGGAAAAGUAUUUGUAGAUGGAAUCCCAGUUAAAAAGGAUCUGACAUUAUGGGGUGAGAUUUAUGACAUCAUUAACAGGUGCCAUAGGUGUGCUGUUGCCUUUUGCUGGGCAUAUUGUCUGAGGAUUUAUAUGAAUAUGCCCAAGUGUGUUUGAGCAUUUGCUUGUGUGUGACUGUUUGAGAAGGUACAGUUAAAGUUGUUAGUCUGACAUUGUCAGUGAUGUUUGUCUAGAAAGGUGGAUGAAGGUGUGCGGUACGCAUUUGUAAGUAAUUGUUUAAGACUGUUUUAUUUCUUUGUGCAGUUGAAUAUGAGGGUGUGUGUGUGUGUGUGUGUGUGUGUGUGUGUGUGUGUGUGUGUGUGUGUGUGUGUGUGUGUGUGUGUGUGUGUGUGUGUGUGUGUUGAAUAUAUGUGUACAUAAGAUGUUUCUCUCCCAAGAUGAGUAGUGUUUAUAGGCAGCUCUUGCUGAACUCUUCAAGAGAACUUACACCCCAUGCGUUGCAUAAUUCUCGCAGCUCAUUGGCUCCUAACCGUUCAAUAAUGCCUGCCUAUAUCUGAAAUGCUGCCUGUUUCGAGAGGAAUGCACUUGAACAUCUUUAAAUGAAUGAAGGAUGAAGAAAAGCACUCUUAACAUCCUCUAAAUGAAUGAAGGAUGAAUGAAAAGGGAUGAAUGUUGAAGCCUCGCAGCUUUCUCUUUCUUUUUAAGGUUUUUCUAUGUCAUCAGUGUUAAUGUAGAAGAUCCAUAUUAUAGUAUUUGAAUAAGAUGCUUAAAUGUGUUUUAUACUUUUGAUGAUUUAGAGUUGUCAUUGGUUGCCAAAUAUUGUGUUACUGCUGAGUAAAUGCUGUGAGGUUGGUUUAUAUAUAUAUAUAUAUAUAUAUAUAUAUAUAUAUAUAAUUUCUUUCAUUGUGUUUUUCUGUAUUCUUUCUCCUGAGUGCCACAAGCCCUACUGCUUUUCUGAAAGCAUUGUGUGUGCAAAUAACUAGUUCAAAUAGAAA